AUGACCAACCACCCCAUUAAAGAUGUUGACAGGUCGGCAUAUGAUUGGUUGAGCGAGGGAUCAUUGCAUCAAGGUUUGCUGCUGGUAGUUUCGUUGGGGGUGUUGAUCGGGGUUGCCACGGGGGUCCUCAUGUUGCUGGCUGUCCUCGCCUACACAAAAAAGCGAAAGUUGCGCAGAAUAAGAAGCAGGUCAGCUUAUGCAUUGGCCACCGGAAGCUACUACCACCACGACAACCAGUCACAUGGCCAACACAGUUACGACGAUCCAUAUCAUUCUCAGAGUCAUCAUCAUCAUCACAGUCAUCAGAAUCAUCACCAGGAUCAUUCGUCCCGGCAUGCACCUCAGCCUCCCCCACACCGCCACCCACUCACGCAUCGUUAUGAUGAUGAGAUCCUCUACGCUCCCUACAAAAUCCCCUCUUGCGUUGACGAACUGUUGAAUGUCGACUGCAACAUCAAUGCACUGACCUGCAAGAACAACAUUUGUUGUCACAACGACCUAAGUAGCAACAUCAACAACAACAUCAAUAGCAGUAACAACUUCUGCAGCCCCAGCAACAUAUCUUCAGGUGCACUAACAAAUAUCUCACCUUCCACAUUGACAACUGAACAGAUGAAACCUCAAAAAAUCUACGCUGAAGACAAACACUGGACUGCCAAUAACUUCAACAAUCUUAGCACAACUCAAAACAUUAGCCAAACCAUUAGUACUACCAACAACAAAACUGAUGACAACAACAACGACGACAGCACCAACAUCAUCCACAACAUCAGUAAUUGUAAUCAUGUUAGCGAUUUAAAAAAGGAUAACACGACUGACAAUUUCAACAAAAGCACGGACGGCAAAGUUCAAAACAUUACUAUCAACAACGACAUUAACGAUAAAAACAUCGCCAACAACAAAAAUCGCAACGACUUGUACGGUAGGUUAUCACCGGACCCUUUGUUGCUGAUGCAAUUUGUCCAAGAAAAUAGCAGCAACUACAACAGCAGCAACAACAACAAUAUCAUCAACAGUAGCAACAACAACAACAAAACAGUCAAUAUUCCAGACUUUUACACAAUGGUAGGCGCUGUUACAACAUCAGCCGCCAGAAGCGGUCCAUGCAGUAGUUACGAUUGUGUCGCUCUGACGGCAGCUGCAAACAACAACAACACUAUUAUCACUUCUAUAAGCAAUAACAGCACAAUUAACGAUAUAGAUUUGGAGGUGGAUCGAAGAAGGAAUGAUGACACAAUUGGCGACUGUCGACUUACUGAAAACCUUCCCAACUGCCCUAUCAGCAGUAACGUCGAAAUCUUCAAAUUUAUCAACAACAAACAUUUCAAGAGCAUCAACAACAACAAAAUAGAAACUGAAAAUUUUAUUAAAUCUCCAGACAACAAGAAAGAGGUUAAUAUAUUUUCAAAUACAAAUAAUUUAACCCUUAUCAAAGAUGAGAACAUUAAUGAUACGAACAACAAAACAAACUACAACAGACGUGCGGACAAUAUCAAAAAUGUUAAGAACGAAAAUAACAUCGCAAAUAACAACAACAAGAACAACCGCAACAACGACAACCGCAACAACAGCAUUAAAGACAGCAGCGUUGACGUCAUAAACAUUAAUUUAGCAACAAAACCUGCCUCAGAGAGAAGUUGGGUGUGGAGUACGUGGAACAAAAAAUCAACACAUCAACAACAACAGCAUCAACACCAUCAAGAUCUUCCUCAAUAUCAUCUAAACACGAAAUUAGUGAAUAAAAAAUCUAAAUUACAAAAGAUGUUCUCGUCUCUAUCUUCAUUUACGCUAAACAGCGGCAGCUGCAACAACAGCAGUGUCCACAGCAGCACAACUUCAACUUGCAAGAAAGGUAGCACAAGAAAGAAGCAGAACUCAGUGUCCAACAGCCGAAAUAUUCAUUAUUCGAAGCUCGUCAAAAAACCAAUUGACAGAAUAAACAGAAAGCAGAGCACUGAAAUAUCAAAUAACUGCAGUAGCGAAAUUAAAAACAAUCGCAACCGCACUAGCGACGACAACGUUGUUCAUAACAUCAUCAACAACAACAACAACAACAACAACAAUUCCAACGAUGAUGCCAAAUUAAAAUACGACCAACUAACUACAUUCCGAUGUGCAACGAGUUUACUUAGCAACUCCAGCACCAGCCAGAACAACAACAACAACAUCAACAACAACAAAAACAAAAGCAGCAUUAGUUACAGCAGUUACAUUAACAACAACAACAACAACACUAACAGAUCUAACAACAUAUUGGUACCACUGACGAGCGCAAGCAUUACAAACGACUCCCUGCCUUAUUAUCAUCACAGCAUCAACAACAACAACAUCAACAACAACAUCAACAACAACAUCAACAACAACAACUGCAAUGAUGACGAUAAAAAUAACACUUUGAACAAUAACAGCACAACAAAAAGACACAACAACAACGAUAACAUAAUUAAUAACACCAACAAAGGCAGCAACAUAUCAAACCCAAACCGAUGCAUUUGUUACUUCAACGUAAUGUCGUCAUGCAACAACAAUAUCAACAUCAACAACAACAACAGCAACAACAACAGCUUCAACAACAAUAUCAACAACAACAUCAACAACAACAACAUCAGCAACUUUCUUGCCCUUCGUGUAAAAAGCAUUACUUAA